UUUUUGUUUUCUGUGGUGGUAAGAGCCUUGUGAUUUUCAAGAUACCGAAAAAUAUAUAGGUAAUUUAUCAAUAUUGUGGCAAUCAUUUUUCGCCGUUGCAGUGCAUAUUGCGGGUUACGAAGAAAAAUGGAUUUGAAUAACUUUACGGCCUCAGCUUCAUAUUCUUCAUUUUGGUCAAUAUUCAGUCAAUACUCCCAUUCUGCAUUUGGAAAAUUCUUUUCUCUUUUUGACGAAAAUUGGAUUAAAGGCCGUCCUUGUAGUUAUGGAAUUACUAUUCAAACAAAAAAUGGUCCAAUCAUUGGUAAAACUUUCACGUUGCCCCCCGAUGGGAAGAAGGUUAAUGCUUUUCUUGGCAUUCCCUAUGCAGUUGCUGGAACUUUUAAACAACGAUUUAAGAAGCCUUUUCCCAUCACAAAAUGGAAGGAGCCUUUAUUGUGUACUAAAUUUGGUCCAAGAUCUGUACAACAUGAUCUCGUUUGGGAUGCUUAUUUAACUCCACAACCUCAAGAUGAGGCAAAAUGCCUUAAUCUUUGUGUUUUUGCUCCUGAUUGGGAAUCUACAGAAUUUCCAAAAGGCAAACGUCCAGUUAUGGUUUUUGUACACGGAGGAGGUUUUAUUAUUCACAGUGCAGCUAAUUAUGGGGAUUGGAAUAUUUGCCAAAAUCUUUGUUUGUUGGAUGUAAUUGUUUGUACAGUUCAAUAUCGACUUGGAAUGCUUGGUUUUUUUUCUACUGGAGAUGAUCGAUGCCCUGGAAACUUUGGCCUUUGGGAUCAAUUGACGGCAUUUAAAUGGGUGAAAGAGAAUAUUGCCUCCUUUGGCGGAGACCCGGAUAAUAUUACUGCCUUUGGACAAAGUGCUGGCGCAGCUUCUAUCGAUCUUUUAAGCCUUUCGCCACUAUCUGAUGGCCUUUUUAAACGUAUAAUUUUAAUGGGAGGAAAUGCUAGCACUGACUGGGCAGUUGUUCGACCAAGAAAAACUAUUGCUGCAGCUUUAAAAAUUGCAAGAGGACUAAAUUGGAAAGGCGAAGAUUCAGAUUUAGACUCUUUAUUAGCCUUCCUACAUGAAUUGCCUGCUCAUGAAUUGAGUGCACCUCUAAUUGGAAAAUCAGCAUUUAAUAGACAUAAAAAAGGUCUUGAUUACUGCCCUGUCAUUGAUGGAGAAUUAAUUACAGCGCCAGUUUCAGAAUUAAGGACAAAAAGAUUUGCCUCAAAAGACCGGCCUCCAUUAGAAGUAAUUAUUGGCGCUACUGAAUUUGAGGCUUUACUUUUUGCUGCCUUAGGUCGUCGUCAAUCAGACAUUGUUUCUCUACGCAAAUAUUUACAAAUUCAUAUUCCAGAAGAAAUUCCAAAUUUUGACGAAAAACGUGGACGGUGUGAAAGGCUUUAUUUGGAUGGAAUUAAUAUUAAAAAUUCUUCUCAAGUGUCUACAGCAUUUUUACGCCUCCAUAGUGAUGUAAUGAUUAAUAAUUCUGUGCAGCGCUAUUGUAAAGGAAUGUUGCCUUCUGAAACCUCAAUUUCAAAUAAAACGAAAAUUUUUCUUUAUAAUAUGUCUCAUUUUAAUUCGAAUGAAUUUGGUUUUGUUGGGUUACGAAUGCCUUUUUAUGCAGCUACACAUUGUCAUGAUUUGCGUUAUUUAGUUGGAAAGGGUCUAUAUUCCAAAUUUCGGCCAAAUAUUGAUGACAAACAAGUAAUGCUCAUUAUUGGCACUUUAUUUACCAAUUUUGUAAAGUAUGGAAAUCCAAACAGCCAUUGGAGGAAAUUAGAAGAGAGUGAAAAUUCUAAAGAUAGAAAGAAUGGAUAUAUAAACAAAGAAAUCGAUAAUUCUUGUUGUGAACCUUGGAAUCCAUCUGGCAUGCCUGGAGAUGAAAACUCAAAAUUUGUCGAUGCAAACAAAAUCCAUACAAAUUUUGAUGAAAACGGCAAUAAUUUAACCUCUAACAAUUUCUGGCUUCCAAUUACCCCAAAUAAUACUUAUCAACAUUUUGAAUUAUGUCUAGAACCAAAAAUGCUUCCACGAUAUCAGGAUGGUCGCUACGAGUUUUGGUUUAAUGAAGUAGAUGCUUUUAAUAAUUCUUUGAUUAACACUAAUCCAGCUGUUUCUUCUUCAUAA